AUGUCUCCGUUCUUCUACGAAGAAGAUUUCGGUUAUUUACCGCGAAACUUUGACAUUCAAAGCGACGAAUGCGCCGCGAACCUGCCGAAAUUGAAACCCGACGGGUUGUUGGCGAAACUCGGCGUGCCUUGCCAGACUAACUCGGAGCACGAUUACGGCCAGUGCUUCGGGUACUACCAGAAUGGCCGGUACAAUAUGUGCCAAUUCGUCGAAAACGGAGACAUCGAAGAUUUUAUGAAUAACGAGAAACGCAAAGAAAGAUCUCGAAACGCGGCGAGAUGUCGCAGAUCGAAGGAGAGCGAGCUCUAUUGCAGCCUGGCCAGUUGUUUGCCAUUCGCCAACGAUCAGCCGUCCCAAUUGGACAAGGCCUCCGUCAUGCGAUUGGCCAUAUCCUACCUCAAAAUACGAAAUAUGGUCGGAUCCGUUUCAGAGUUGAACGAAGAAAACAAAUCAGUCCCUGAGGAUGGUUCUUAUUUUUUGAAAACGUUGGAAGGUUUCGUUAUGAUAUUAUCCGAAGACGGCGAUUUCAUCUAUCUGUCGGAGAACGUCAGCGAAUAUUUAGGAAUAAACCAGAUCGAUUUAAUGGGCCAAAAUAUAUUCGAGUACAGCCACCCGUGCGAUCACGAUGAGAUCAAAGAGAUGCUAUCGGGCAAAUGCACGGAGGACAAUUUCAAAUCGAUAUUCAUCAGAAUGAAGUGCACGUUGACGACCAAAGGGAGAUCUGUUACGUUAAAAUCGGCCGUUUACAAAGUGAUACAUUCGACCGGCCACGUUAUGAAAUAUCGCAGCGGUAACGACGACGAGAAUUCCGAGCAAGGCGAAUCGAAGACCUGUUACAUAUCGGUUAACCAGCCCAUACCGCAUCCUUCGAAUAUCGAGUCGCCUCUGCCGAAACAAACGUUUCUGACCAAGCACAACAUGGACAUGAAAUUCACCCAUGCCGACGAUGAAUUUAUGAAGGAAAUCCUCGGUUACGAGCCGGACGAUUUGUUGGGAAAAUCUGUCUUCGAAUAUUACCACGCCAUCGAUAUGGAUUGCAUUUUAUCAUCGUACAAAUGCCUAUUUUCGAAGGGUCAGUGUCAAACCGGGCAGUAUCGCUUCCUGGCGAAAUCUGGAGGUUAUGUAUGGCUGAUAACCCAAGCUACAUUAAUCAACGACAAAAACCAGAAGCCCCAGAGCGUCGUUUGCGUCAAUUACGUCGUUAGCGGAUUAGAGUGCAAAGAUGAGGUGUAUUCGACGGAGCAAUAUCUGAACGUGCAAUCGUCGCCGAAAAUCGUCGUGCAAAAGGCGGACAACAACAACAACAACAACAACGACAGCGAAGAGAUCGAUGAUGAAGAGAACGACGUGAAAUCGGAGAUCGAUGUCGAGAGGACGAAAUCGAGCGUCAGGGAGCCGUUGGGUAGUUUGAACGACAGCGAACAGGAAGGGUGCAAUUGCGGCAAGCCGAUCAGCGCGACCAGUUCCAUAUUCGCGCCGCGAACUGAGGAUAUGAACAAGGGCUUUUUGACCUUUUCCGACGAGGAGCCGGGUUUGACGAUGCUGAAGGACGAACCGGAGGAUUUGACACACUUGGCUCCGGUGGCAGGAGACGUUUGCGUACCGCUCGAAGAUCAUCCGUUUCUACCCGAAAUGUUAGAUGACAUCCUUCUGCGUGACAAUUUCUGUCCCCUUCUCAGCAACGCCCCGUCGGACCCCUUCAUGUCCUACAGGGACUUCCAGGAUCCCUCGCCCCAACUACUAUCGCCGAAUUUAUCCAAACAUUCUGAUUGCAGCCUGACGUCGUUGAACAGCCCGUGCGAUUCGCUCAUGGACGACGACGCGUCGGCCUUCAUGAAUCUACCGAUCGACGACGUCGAUCUGCUCAAAUCGCCCUACACGUCGAUGAACAUCUCCGACGAUCUGCCGCUGUUGAUCUCCAACGAUCUCAUGUGGAACACCGGCGAGAAGAAGUACCUGCGGCCCGGCGGCGCCUCCAGCUUGGCCCAGCUGCUCACCAAGCGCAUCCAGACCGGCGAACGGGCCGUCGCGGCGCCGACGCCCAGGGGCGCCGUCGACGACGCAGAGCAAGAGCGCGACUCGAAAAAUGUAAGAAAAUCGUGGACGGACAGGACGAACGUGUCGUCGAAGUCGGCGCGCGACCGAUCGCAUUGCAACAACAAACGUUCGAACACCAGCGCGUUGUACGAGUUCGCGAGCAAAAAGACGCGCUGCAACGAUCCCAAAGACGGGCCGUCGUCGGAGCUGUUGCACCAAUUGAUAUCGAACAACGUCGCCGGCAAAUUGCCCAAAGACGGUUCGCGCGACAACGGCGAUUGGCUGUUGAACGGCAACGUGCAGAAGGCGGCGUGCGUGUCGCAGCCGAGCGAGAGCGUUCUGAUGAACCUAUUGGGCGAUUCAACGAACGACAUCAUCAUGAAGGAACAACCGUCGGUGCCCCAACACCUGCGGCAAAUCAAUCAGGACAACAAACGCCAUUCGUUCAGGAAACUCCUGGAUCCCGACGCCUCUUCGAUCGCCUCCCUGAUGGACCUGACCCAGCAGGACUUCGAAGUGAACGCUCCCGUCGAGAAAUACCUGCUGCAAGGCGUCGAAUUGCUGAGGGCCUUGGACGCGAACACUGCAGCUAUUUAG